GGACCCAUACAAACUGUUUACUGAUAAAAAUUCGUCAUUCCUAUCCUCUUUCGUUUUCUCCUAUCUGGCUCCACACUUGGUUAGCAGCUGUCGUCUCGGACCUCAAAAUCUCUCCGUUAUAAUCUUGUUUUUUCUCGAGAGGGUUUCUUUUAAGAUCUUUGAAAAUCCCAUUUUGUUGAGGGUUGCAAUGCAAUAUUGAUUUAAACCUUGCUUCUUAAAAAGCCCUUUAAGUGUUCGAUCAUAUGCUUAAACUAGUUCAUGAGGGGAGAUUCUGCAGCUGGAGCAUAAAUCUGAUUGGUCAUUGAAGAUAAACUCUGAGACAUUUGAUAGGAAAUUACUUGGAUAGAAGAUGAACAGCUCCUCUACCGGAUCCUCAUCGAAAUCGAAAGCUGGGUCUUCUUCACAGCCUUCGGAAACUUCAUUUAAGAGAAAGCGGGGGGUGUUUCAGAAAGACUUGCAGCACAUGAUGUAUGGUUUUGGCGAUGAUCCAAAUCCGCUCCCAGAGACAGUGGCACUUGUGGAGGAUAUUGUUGUGGAAUAUGUUACGGAUAUGGCACAUAAAGCCCAAGAAAUCGGAUCAAAGAGGGGAAAGCUAUCAGUUGAGGAUUUUUUGUUUCUAAUUCGCAAGGAUCCUCCGAAGCUCAACCGUUGUACAGAGUUGCUGUCUAUGCAAGAGGAGCUAAAGCAAGCAAGGAAGGCUUUUGAGGUAGACGAAGAGAAGCUAGCGUCAACAGAGUGACAUGGGAUAGGAAUAAUUGACGGGUAGCUGUUUGUAAAUAGUGGAACUGGAUAAAUCAAUCUGAGUUUAAAAAGUUUCUCCGAACAAAGGUGGUGCAGACCCAUUUGAAAGGAUGGAAUCCAUCAUUUCAUGUUGGAACAAUCGUCAAAGCAUCUGCGAGAAGGAUUGCUGCAAACUUCAGGAAUGCCUUCCCAAGUUUUAAUAGUUGACACACGAAGUGGACUUUGAGUUGUAAACUAGCCUUGUGGCCGCAUUCUUAAUUAUGGAUCAAGAAUCUUAACUAGUGAUCCAUGCAGAUUGUUAUGCAAGUGCAUAGACUGUGCUCCCCCGAGUUACUUUGGACAGAAAACAGUAUCUUUGUUCAUUUCCCAGCGUAUAUGAAUCUCCUUGGGUCUAGUAUUCUUGGUUGAAAUUUAUAUUAUCUUAUAUAUGCGUUGAAGAUUGAAUGUCA